ACCCUCGCCGUCUCUUCCCCUACUCCGCCCAGUGGAAACCGCCGAAAUGUCGUCGUCCCCGGCCCCGGCGCCGGCGCCGUCGCCGUCGCCGCGGGAGCACGUGGAGAGGAUCAGGCGCGAGCGCUACUUCAUCGGGCGCGGCGAGCAGAACCCGCUGGCGGAGGACAUGCACCAGGCCGUCAACUACCUCAGCCAGGAGCUCUACUCCAAGGACGUCCACUUCCUCAUGGAGCUCGUGCAGAACGCUGAAGAUAACGAAUACCCUUCUGGAGUAGCACCUUCUUUGGAGUUUCUAAUUACAUCAAAGGACCUUACCGGAUUGGGUGCAUGCUCAACUUUGCUCAUCUUUAACAAUGAGAGGGGAUUCUCAUCAACCAAUAUAGAUUCCAUCUGUCGUGUUGGGAAAUCAACAAAGAAGGGAAACAGACAUCAGGGUUACAUUGGAGAGAAAGGCAUUGGGUUCAAGAGUGUUUUCUUGAUAUCAAGUGAGCCGCAUAUAUUCAGUAACGGCUAUCAGAUCAAGUUCAAUGAGAAACCAUGCGCUGAAUGCAACAUUGGAUACAUUGUCCCUGAAUGGGUGGAAUCCACACCUAGCCUUUCAGACAUCGAAGCCAUAUAUGGAUGCUCCAAAAUCCUACCUUCAACCACCAUCAUCUUACCAUUAAAGAAUGAGAAAAUUGAUGUGGUGAAGAAGCAACUGUCAAGCAUGCAUCCUGAAAUGCUACUCUUCCUGACAAAGAUUAGGAAGCUUUCUGUCCGAGAGGAUAACUCUGAUCCAAAGAGUAGCACUGUUAGUGAGAUCUCAAUUUCUAGUGAAAGGAAUUACCAGGCCAGGAAGAAUAUGCAUGCAGAUUCUUAUACACUCCACUUGUCAGCUGAAGAGAGUGGUAAAGGAGAAGAAGAAUGCGGUUACUAUAUGUGGAGGCAGAAAUUCCCAGUCACGCCUGAGAACAGAGUUGACAAACGUGCUGAAAUUGAUGAAUGGGUGAUAACCCUGGCCUUCCCACAUGGCCAGCGUCUAUCCCGUGGGAAGCAGCUAUCACCUGGAGUCUAUGCUUUUCUCCCUACUGAGAUGGUAACAAACUUCCCCUUCAUCAUCCAGGCAGACUUCCUCCUUGCCUCAUCAAGGGAGGCAAUACUGUUCGACAGUCCAUGGAACAAGGGAAUCCUAGAGUGUGUCCCAAGUGCUUUCAUGAAUGCUUUUGUAACACUUGUGAAGUCAGGAGCUGACGCACCCGCAAUGUCUCUGCCAUCUAUGUUCAACUUCCUGCCUGUCAAUUCCGCACUGAUCCCACUGCUUGAGCCUGUUAGGUCUGGCAUCAAGAACAAGGUUCUUGCUGAGGAUAUAGUUCCUUGUGAGUCUUAUGCUUCACAAAAGAUAUUCUGCAAGCCCAGUGAAGUCGCACGGCUGAAGCCAGCCUUUUGGACUAUCCUUGGAAAAGCACGGGAAUAUGGAAUGGACUUGAAGAAUUUGUCGACUCAUGGAACCUACAUUCUUAGUUCUCAUUUUGACAAGAGUACAUACAACAGUGUGCUUGAAUUUCUGGGUGUCAAAAGUGUGAGCACUGAAUGGUAUGCAAAAUGCAUUGAAGGGUCUAAUCUUGUCAAGGAGGCACAUGAACAGCUUUACCUGGAAAUUAUAUAUUUUGUUGCCAAUAAUUGGCAAAACUGUUUCUCUGGUACAAACAUGAUGUCAAUUCCCCUACUGAGAUAUGUUGAUAGGAAUGGUGUUCUCUUGUUUUGGAGCAUAUCGAGAGCUACUCAGGGGAAUGAUAGGUUGUGCAUUGCAUCUGACAGGACAUACAGAUCAUGGUUAAUCAGCUGGAACCAGGAGUUUCCAUCUGCUAAUCGGUUCUUUCUCCAUCCCAACACACAGAUUGCUCUGGAAGCUUUCUCACAGAAGACUAUAGUGGAAAACUGGCUUCAGAACCAUGCAAGAGUGGAUUUUGUCUCUGUCGACAGUUAUGGAUUGACUGUUGUUCGUUCUUUGGGUAAUGAUUGGAGACCUCUUAUUGCUUUCGCACACUUUCUGUACCACUCAUUGAAGAUGAAACACAAAGAGAGCGACUCAUUGAAGAUGAAACACAUAGAGAGCGACUACUUAUCAGAACUAUGUGGUGUCAUGCCGGUAAUUGACAGCUAUGGCAAUGUUGUCAAGGAAAGAAAUAGCAUUAUAGUUCCCGCCAAGGGGAGCAAAUGGGUUUGUUUGCUGGGUACAAACCCAUGGAGGAAUGAUGGUUAUAUUGAACUGUCAGCAGAUUACAAGUCAGCAGGCAAUUUUGCUGGGAACUACACAUCUGAGGAGCAGCUAUUGGAAUUUCUCAAGACACAUCUGCAUGCCUCCGAUGUCCCAUUCAUAAACCCACCAGAUGCCAGCUUCCCUACUGUAUCAUCUCCUCUCACAGUGUACAAUGCAUUCUUGCUACUGGAAUGGAUAAGGAAUAUCAAGUCAAAUGCUGUAAAAUUACCAGAUCGGUUCCUGGCUUGUAUAAAAGAAGGGAGUUGGCUAAAAACGUCAGUAGGGUACAAGCCACCAAAUGAAUCAUUUCUGUCUAGUGAUAACUGGGGAAACCUUUUGCAAAGUGCGUCUUCCUUUGUCGAUAUACCAAUGAUUGACCAACAAUUCUAUCGAAACAAGCUGCAUAUGUACAAACAGGAACUCAAGGCGAUUGGGGUGAGAUUUAAAUUUCAGGAGGCAUCAGCUUAUAUUGGAAGCUGCCUCAUGUCUAUGGCUGCAAUCAAUGCAUUGACCAGAGAGAAUGUGUACUCGCUGCUUCGGCUCAUUCGGUUCUUACAAGAGAAGGUUCUCUCUCCAAGUGAACUGAUUAACAGUGUUAAAGGUGGAUGUUGGAUGAAGAGCACUCUUGGCUACAGGCGUCCUUCUGAUUGUAUCAUCGAUGACGACCCAGAUUGGAAAGUGGCAUCAUGUAUUAGUAACCAACCAUUCCUUGAUGUGCAGUUCUAUGGCGAGGCAAUCCAUGCCUACAAACCGGAGCUGGAGUUGCUUGGUGUUAUUGUUGGGUUCAAACAAAAUUACCAGCUUGUUAUUGACAACUUUAAGUUCAAUUCUGCUGCUAUUACCUCUGAGGCUACUGUAUUAAUCCUCAAAUGCAUCCGUUAUGUGGGUUCAUGUGAAGAUUUCAUAAGGAAGCUCAAAGAUCUGAAAUGGGUGAAGACUAAUGUGGGAUUUUGUGCUCCUAAUGUGUCUUUUCUUGUAGAUCCUGAAUGGGAGUGCCUUGUUAAUAUUUUCAAAGGAGUUCCCAUAAUUGAUUUAAGAUUUUAUGGGAGUGUCAUCAGUUCAUACAAAGAGGAGUUGAAGAAGACUGGUUUGAUAACACGAUUUGAGGAGGUAUCAAAGGCUAUAGCUCAGGUUUUCAAGAACAUGGUAUCGAAGACAUCAGUUACAAAGGCUAAUGUCCUUGCUCUACUAAAAUCUUAUCGGCAGUUGAGAACACACAGCCCACUUCCUGUUGAGCUUUUCAACUGCAUGCGCAGCGAGAAGUGGCUACACACAUCCCUAGGGUUCAAAUCUCCCUCAGAUGCAAUCCUAUUUGAUCAUGAAUGGGAAUAUUUAUCUCCUGUGGCAUUAUUACCAUUCAUUGAUGACGGUGACUCUUGUCAUGGUUUAGGAAAAGAUAUUUAUGGUUAUAAAGAUGAGCUUAGGAAGUUGGGUGUUACUGUUGAAGUGAAAUUUGGUGCUAGAUUUGUCAUUGCUGGCCUCAGCAUUCCUGAUGAUCCAUCCAUCAUGUCCAAAGCUACCAUCUUGUCAUUGCUUGAGUGCAUCAAGAACUACUUUGCCUCUGAAACUGCUCCUCCUAAGGGCUUUCAGGACAAGAUUUGCAAGGAGUGGUUGAAGACAUCCAUGGGCUACAAAUGUCCUGAUGAAUGUAUCCUAUUUGAUGCGGGACAGUCUUCUGUGUGCAUGGAAGAUGGCCCUUUCAUUGAUGAAGCAUUCUAUGGUUCAGAGAUAGCCUCAUUCAAAGAUGCCCUUGCGAAAAUUGGAGUGAUAGUUGAUGUUAAUUGUGGACAAGAUCUUAUUGCUCAGCAUCUCAGAAGCCACAAGGAUAGAACUACACAAGAUCUUAUUGCUCAGCAUCUCAGAAGCCACAAGGAUAGAACUACUAUCUCCCGGAUCUAUAUGUACUUGAUGAAGCAUAAUUGGAAGCCUGACAACAACACCGGCGAUUGGAUUUGGAUACCAAGCGAAACAGAGGGCGGAGAAUGGGUGAGCUCAAGAAGCUGUGUUCUUUAUGACAAGAACAAUCUUUUUAGCCUGCAGCUACAUAUUCUGGACAAAUAUUAUGACAGGAAGUUGCUUGACUUCUUUUCAAUCACUUUCGAUGUGAGGCGUGGACCUUGUUCUGAAGACUAUUGCAAAUUAUGGGCCACAUGGGAGAACUCAGUCCACAUGCUCGCAAUGUCUGAUUGCUUCACUUUCUGGAAAUUCAUUGCAACUAACUGGACCAAAAAAACAGAGGAACUUCUUUCUGGUUGUGUCAAGGUUCCAGUAUGUACCAAUGGCAAGAUCAUUUUACAAAACAAGGAGAAUGUGUUCGUUCCUGAUGAUCUACUGCUUGCAGAUUUGUUCAACAAGCUUCCUCAUCAAUCGCUUUUCAUCUGGUAUCCUUCUUCCACCCUACCAUCCAUGUCUCGAGCAAGACUUAACAGAAUCUAUAGUAGCAUCGGUGUUCAGAGAAUAUCCAAAGCGGUCACGAAGAAUGAUUGUUUGACCUUAGAGAGUGGCCGUUUCAGAACAGUUGAUUCGAGCAAGGUGAUUAAGGUUGGCUUGCUCCAGAUUAUUAUCGCGUACCUUGCUGAUCCUGCUCUUGACAUUCCUGCUGAAGAGAGGCAGGGGAUGGUUUCUUGCCUUCUAAAUGUGACUGUCCAAGAGACUGAUGAACCUAUCACGGUGGGAUAUAGUGUAAGCUUGUCAUCUGGAGAGGUUGCGGAGGUGAAGGACUGCCGAAUGAUUAGGUGGGAAAGGGAGAAUUCCAAGCUGUACAUGCAGAGUAGCCAUGGCGAAUCCAGCUACGAAGAAAAGAUUAAGUUUGCAACCUACUUUGCAGACGAGAUAUCUAAAGGAGUGCUCUUUGAGAUGGCGGAUCACAUCCCUUCGCUUGCUGAACUCAUAAAAUUUGGAAGCUUACUGGACUUCCAGAAUGCUGCUGUUGGGUUCUUGCUAAUGUCCAAGAAUCUGCAGCUGUUCCCUGAAGAUGAGGAUUUUCUGAAGUCUUCAAUGCUAGGUGGCAGCAAGAACCAGUAGUGUUCUACGGAUUAUGCUCUUUUGGAAAUGGUCGUGGUUCCUGAUGGUUUAUAAAAUAUCUGGUGUUGCAUCUGGAGGCUCAUGAAUGUGACUGCCUGGCUGUCUUCUGUUAGACUUAAUAGUAGUCUUAAUGCUAAACUGUUAUCGCUAGUUUAAUCGUGGACUUUCGAACCUCUUGGAACAAAACUUGUCAGCUGUUUCACUUUCACUGCAUAUGCUUAUGUAUGUGUGAUAUGACACUCACUUGAGUGUGGUGCUGCUAAAUUACUAAUGUCAUCGUGAGUGCCUUGCGUGUGCUUUGUUGAUUUC